AUGACUACACAAUAUGAGAAAUCCGAUUAUUAUGGCAAGCUCAGUGGUAAAGUGACGACCGACGACUGGGAUAUUCUUGUGUCAUAUACACGGCAAAAGCUGAACCACCUGCUGGACCAAACCUGGGGCACAAAGCCACUACUCCAAAAUGUCAAGUUUACGAGUAAGCCGUAUAUUCCAGGCGUCGAUGUCACAGAGGACUACGACUUCGCUCUCGCCUCUCCCGUACUGAACUUUGGGUACCUGGACGGGAACCCAAGGGCACUCCUAAAAAUGGGAUUCUCUGGAUCAGUAACCAGCACCGUGAAGCCUAACAAACCAGUCACUACCCCAAUUCCAGCCGACGUCUAUUUCUUACAGAUAGGUGUCCCCCUUGCGUCUUUCAGUGCUGAAGAGGACAAGUUCUAUGAAGGCAAAGACGUGGUGGAAUUUGAAUCCAGUAAGGAGGCCGAGCACCAUAUAGUCUUCCAUUUCCAAAAUGAAGACGCCACAUCCUGGGAUUUCACUGCCGACGAAACUAAACCGCAUCCGCUGCUGGAAAAUCUUCUAAAGGCUAAAGGGGAUAUCGCUACUUGGUUCGGGUCCCAGUCCCACGUAGCAUGGGUCGAGUACGCUGUCAAUAAAAUAUCAAGCAAAAAGGAUCCCACUUCCGUCCUCCUCCGGCCAAAGUCUUAUAAAUUUAUAAUCGCAGAAGAUACCCUAUGCGUGUUUAUCCAAACCGAAGGCAGCGGAAAUCCACAAGGAAACACCCAAGGUACCCGAUUCGGUCGAAAGUACGACCACUUCGACUUCAGUCCAAUUCCAAAAGAUUAUACAGGCUCCAUCAUCCUCUCAAGGGACGUGUUUUUUCAAAAAUUUAUAUGGACGCAGAUCCAAAACAUUCUCCCCGGUGGUGUAGUCGACAAGACCGCAGGAGCCGGCGCGAAACUCGAAUUGCGUCCUACGGGCCUUUUGAACUCUGGAGGAAGUGCUUGGAUUGGCCAGUGGUUCUGUACCCUUGAAGCCAGCAAGAUCGACUGUACGGAUCAUCCUCUUACGAUUGAAUUUUUCGAUGAAGCCCCAUUUGAUAAGCCGAAAUAUAAAUGGUCAUGGACAUUUUCAGGGAAAUUUCCCUUUAUCGAGAAUGAUAAUGUUAUUCACAUCACUUUAUCGUGUGAAAUCCCAACGAAAACUAAAACCCUUGCAACUGUUGAGGGCGACACGAUGAAAUUCACCCUUGCGUUUGAAUCUGCGGAUCAACCUCCUACCAAGUCUGAUAUAGACAUUAGCCCAAUAAAGGCAGAAAUCAACUUGCCGACCUUCACCGUGGACUUGCCUGAAUUAAACUUCUUCUCAACCCAAAAUAUAUUUGCUCCUGGAGAGAGGUUCAUCCAAGUCUCCGAUCUUAUGUUUCCCUCCGACCUGGUUCUCUGCGGUAACAUGCCCAGCUAA